UAUUCUACCCUGUUAAAACGCAUCAUACAUUAUCAGACCAAACUGCUUUUUUGACUUUCAUGUUGCUAUAUUUUGCAUCGAACAAUGGGGUUGUUUCCAGGCGGUGUUUUUAAAAGGUUUUGCAAUGAAGAUGUCAUGAAGGCAGGCAGCUGUAGAUGAACCAAUCAGUAGGAUGCAGCUGUAUCAGGGUUCUGUAAUGCAGAUACUCACUAUACUUGAUAUAUUUAUGGGCAAAGCUAACUUCCUGUCAUUUCUGUGUUCUAGAUGAUGAAACAUGCGUGGGACAGCUACAGGCAAUACGGCUGGGGCCACAACGAGCUCAAACCCAUCGCCAAGAAAGGACAUUCCACCAAUAUAUUCGGUAAUUCCCAGAUGGGGGCCACUAUAGUAGACGCCCUGGAUACCCUUUACAUAAUGGGCCUCCACGAUGAGUUUAAGGAUGCCCAGGAGUGGAUCGAGCAAAACUUGGAUUUCAGUGUGAAUGCAGAAGUAUCUGUCUUUGAGGUCAACAUUCGCUUCAUUGGAGGGCUUCUGGCUGCAUACUACCUCUCUGGACAGGAGGUUUUUAAGGUGAAGGCUGUCCAGCUGGCAGAAAAGCUGCUUCCUGCCUUCAACACCCCAACAGGCAUCCCUUGGGCCAUGGUCAAUUUGAAGAGUGGAGUGGGGCGUAACUGGGGCUGGGCAUCAGCUGGAAGCAGUAUUCUGGCUGAGUUUGGGACGCUGCACAUGGAGUUUGUGCACCUGACGUAUCUGACUGGAAACCCUGCUUACUAUCAGAAGGUGAUGCACAUACGGAAGCUGCUGGCUAAGAUGGACAGACCCAAUGGGCUUUACCCCAACUACCUGAACCCACGCACAGGACGCUGGGGCCAGCAUCACACCUCAGUAGGUGGGUUGGGUGAUAGUUUCUAUGAGUACCUGUUGAAGGCCUGGCUGAUGUCUGAUAAAACGGACACAGAGGCACGCAAGACGUACGAUGAUGCCAUCGAGGCUAUCGAGCGCCACCUCAUCCGUAAGUCCAACGGUGGCCUUACUUUCAUCGGGGAGUGGAAAAACGGCCACUUGGAGCGUAAGAUGGGUCACCUGACUUGCUUUGCUGGGGGCAUGUUUGCCUUGGGGGCUGAUGGGUCGCCAGAUGAUAAAGCUGGACACUAUCUGCAGCUCGGAGCAGAGAUUGCACACACCUGCCACGAAAGCUACGAUCGCACUGUGCUGAAGCUCGGCCCAGAGGCCUUUAAGUUCGACAGUGGGCUGGAAGCAGUGGCUGUGAGACAGAAUGAGAAAUACUAUAUCCUGAGGCCUGAGGUCAUCGAGACGUACUGGUACAUGUGGAGAUUUACCCACGACCCCAAAUACAGGCAGUGGGGUUGGGAAGCAGUGCAGGCUAUAGAUAAAUACUGCCGAGUAAGCGGAGGAUUCUCUGGUGUUAAAGAUGUCUACUCCUCCAACCCCACCUACGAUGACGUCCAGCAAAGCUUCUUCCUGGCUGAAACGCUCAAGUAUCUCUAUCUACUUUUCUCCAGCGAUGAGCUGCUGCCUCUUGAGAACUGGGUGUUCAACACAGAGGCCCAUCCUCUGCCCGUCCUGCACCAGGGCAACAUCACCCUGCCUGGCAGCGAGACCCAGCGGUAGAGCGGACUCACCGGGAGGGCGCUCGCCCCUUUUCUAAACGCCUCCCUCCUUGUGAGAAAGACAGCAGCUGCCAGUGCAAAGGAGAGGAGAGAACUGUACCCACCAUCCACUGUCUCCUCCUGGACUGUGAAUCAUGGGACUGCAGUGAACGGAGGGGACCGGAACAGACCCAACUCUCUUUAUCUAUGUCUCUCUCAUAUAUUCUCUGAAGGACAGACUGCCGGAUCGAUCAUGUGUGUCUCUCUCUUGUGGUCGCUGGUCUGACACGUCCGUGUACACGGUUACACGCAUUGACAGACUAAAAGACCUUCUGAUAUGGAUGUGCGUUUCACACUGGGAAAGGAUUUUAACAAGUUCAUUCGUCCCCCCCCCCUUUCUCGCUCUCUAAUUUGGUGGCAUUUCAUAUCAUCAGUUCAGCACUAAAUCAAAAUGAUGGAUAAAUGGUUUUUGGACCAGACCGCCUUCAGAGCCUUUCACUCUCUGAGCUGGGCUUCUGGAGAUGGCAGAUGUUGGAUGUGACCUCCUGUGAAAUCUUUCUCCAGCUGAGGCUAAAUUUAGGCCAGAGGCACCAGGAAUGUUCUUUUCUCCUAGAUUUCUCUUCAGUCUCUCCGAUGUCUCUUUGUUAAGGUUAGCGGGUAAAAAGGGACACAUGCUGCUAUCGAACAGCUGCUGCCUGUGACACAGUCACCACCGUCAUUCCAGAAACCUUCGCUUUCUGCGUCUUUCCAUUCCUAUCUUUUUUUCCAUCCAUUGUGAAUGCCCAGAAUGUCAUUCAUACUGCAUUCUGGAUGGGCUGGUGUUUGGUUUUGCAUCACAAUGAAUCAACACUUGAAGUAACUGUAACUUGUGGAGAGAAGUCACAGUGCUUGUAGAUGCUAAUGCUCACGGCAGUCAACAUUUGUUUUCAUUUGUCGAUGGUGCCGCUCUGUUAGACCAGACCAGAUUCUUUCAACAGCCAUGAUUUACCACUAAUCGUAGCCAACGAGGUAGAGAUUUAUAUACAUGGGGUUAAGACUUCAUAAAUACACUGUGUGCCCUUUACAAGAAACCCAGAGUAAAUAAAACACAAAAACAAGUGCAAGGAUUUUAAAUAGCAUUGCAUAACAACUAAGCCCAUGAUGUAAGAUGUUCGGAAUACUCCUGAAUGCUUUUUUGUCAUUUCAGUUUCUAGAUGUGUUUUCAUUAGUCAAAUGCAUAUCUCUGAAUAUUUCAUGUGAGUUUUAACAUGACUUAUUCAGUCCUGGGCUGUAAACACCCUGAACAUGUUUUCUGAAACACGGUGGUGGCAGACAGAUUUCUGAGAUCAGAUGAUUAAACACAACCUGCAGCCAAUCAUAUUGAAGUAUUUUGUUUGUCUUUAUUAUUAUUUUUUUGGGGGGUUGAAUUUACCUUUAAUGAAUAUUGAUUAAGUCUCUUUGGAAGAUGUGCUCAGCCUUAUGCUCUCAGACUCAAGUUUGUUUUUUGUUUUUUUAAUCUUCAAGUGUGUAAAAUGGUACAGCCACGGAAGAUUUCAUGUAGUCGACCAGGAAAGGAAAAGCGAAUUAUUUUCUCAUCUUGGAUAAUGAAGAAACUGUGAGAAUCAGUCUGUCAAAAAGACUCGAGCACCAUUGAUGGGAUGCUGGGGGCCAUCGAUCAGCUCCCAUUAAGGGUCUUUCACUUUAUAUCCUGUCAUUUCAGUUCCUCUGUUUCUGAAGAUCUCAUCCGAGUGUGAGGGAGAUGUGUCCUCUCCUCCCCUCUAGAUGGCAGCAGUGGUGUCAUUUCUUUUCUUUUCUCCCAGUAUCAUGACUUUGACUUAAUGGUGAGUGAAGCCCAGGCCAACACUCUUCACUGUUGUUGCUGGGUGGGUUUUGACAAAGCUGUGUUCUGUAUCUGUAUUUUUACUGAACAAAAAAACAAUAAUUGUAAAUAUGUUUAAAAUGCCACAUAAAUUCAAUAAAGAUGUUACAAAAAGUGAACGGGAUAAAACAAAA